AUGGGGAUGUAUGUGGAUCAUGAUGGUAUCGUAUAUGUUGCUGAUUCGUACAAUCAUCGUAUUGUCAAAUGGAGGCCUGGUGCUUUAAGUGGAGAGCUCGUGGCCAGCUCUCAACAAUUACAAAAAGAAAAAAAUCAAUUGGAGUAUGUUGCAUCGUUUGUUGUUGCCAAAAAUGGAACCAUGUUUGUUUGUGAUCGGCCAAAUAGACAAGUACGACGAUGGAUUCCAGAUGCAAAUGAAGGAGAAGCGUUUAUUUUUAAUAUUUCAUGUUCUGGAAUGUUUCUUACAGAGAACGGUUUCUUAUAUGUAGUUGGAGAUGAGAAAGUUAUCAGAUGGCCUGGCAAUGAAGUGGUUGCAGGUGGUAAUGGCGCCGGACCUGGUCUCAAUCAAUUUUCUGCUACAUCUCGUAUAUUUGUCGAUCAAAAUGAAGUAGUUUAUGUUGCUGAUGCCGGAAAUCACCGUGUAGUACGAUGGCCGCAUGGUGCUAAAGAAGGAAUUCUCGUCGCUUCAGGUGUUGUUGGAGGGUUUCCAUUACAUACGCCCGUCGGUGUAGUAGUUGAUCAAAUGGGUAGUACAUACGUGCUGGAAUAUGGCACCUCGCGUAUAACUCGUUGGCUAAAAGAUGAUCCUUAUAAUGGCAUAGUUAUUAUUGUAGACAAGCCAACCACAAAUAAUCCAGUUCCAUUAGCGCCAUACACGUACAGAUACGAAUUAUUGUUUGACACCGAAGGAAAUUUGUACGCUGUCGAUCAAUACAAUCAUCGUAUUCAAAAGUAUCAGAUUGAUAAAAGUGCUUGUUUGUGA